AUGGAGAGAAUGAUUCCCUUCGCUUCGGCUUCUUCCUCAUCCUCCACGCCUUGGUCAGCGUCCUCCUCCUCUUCCUCUUCCUCGGCUGUGGGGGCGGCCGCGGCGGCCCCUGUGGUGGAGUUGGAGCACAUGUUCGACAAGGUGGUUACACCCAGCGACGUCGGGAAGCUGAACCGCCUCGUGAUCCCCAAGCACUACGCCGAGAAGUACUUCCCCCUCGACCCCUCGACUGCCGCUGAGGGGGUGCUGCUCCGCUUCGAGGAGUGCCUAGCCGGCGUCGCAGCCUCUUCUGCCGUCGGAGGGAAGCAGUGGCUGUUCAGGUACUCGUACUGGAACAGCAGCCAGAGCUACGUGAUCACCAAGGGCUGGAGUCGGUUCGUGAAGGACAAGCAGCUCGACACUGGCGAUACCGUCUCCUUCAGCCGCGCGGAAUCCGGCCUCCGCCUCUUCAUCGACUGUGAGAAGAGAGGUGCAGGGUUAGGGUUUUGGGCGCUGGCUUCUGCAGCGUACGUUCCUAUCAAUAUCUCAAAUAGUCAGGAUUACUGCCAUUGUCGGCCAUUGCGUUGGGAGAAACCAAUCGCCGCGGAGGUCCUGAGCCAUGGAGGAAAAGAAUGGCGCCCCCUUGCAAACCCUUGCCGACUACGCAUCAAGCGAGUCGCCGGGAAAUCACGAUUUUGCGUUGUGGUUUCCUCCUGA